GAUUCUAUCAUUUUACUUGAAGAUAUGCGUGUUGAUCCAUCUAGGCUUCUUUCUCCACCGUUUCCGCACGUUUUUGUGUGGAAGCUGAUUAUCUCUUAUUCUAGGCAAAUUAUGCGAACACUUCCCUUAGCAAUUUCACUUACUUUCUUUCCUUAGUAGUUUGCAUAUUUGCCAAACAUAGAAAACUCAUUCCUGAGGAAUUAUUUGCCCUUUUCAGUCUCCUGGAGCCGAAAAGGGUAUGAGUAAUUUCGAAUCUCUACUUUCCCUGCUCUUUAUCAAGGUUUCACAAAACCUUCCAAGCUAAGCAAGUGUUUUUUCUGGGAAAUUUGAUUUUCUUUACUAAAUGUCGAAUCUUUCGAUGCUAAUAGGGGUUUUGGGUCCUGGGGUUUUGGUUUUGGCAGCUUCAUCAACCUAAAAAUCAAAUUAAUGAUGGAAGACAACAAUAUAAGAUGGCACCAGGAUGAUAAAAGGGAGGAAGAGGUGGAGGAAGAAGAGUACGUAUUGAUAAAUCUGGAUGCUGUGACGGACCUUGUUCACAUUCCUCCCAAUGCUCCCUAUGUUCUCUCUGGUUUAGACACACUAAAUCCAACUUUGAUCAUCGACGAGAAAUUUAGACUGAUAGGUGAAUAUGAAGAAACAAUUGGGACGUGCCUUGUUUUUAGCGAAUGUGAUGCUGCUCCUGAGCUCCAUCAAGAAACAGGCCCAUCUGAAGCCAACCUUUUCACCGGAAGAUGUAUAGUAGACAACAAGCGUGCCCCCACUAAGCAAGUCAAGCCAAUAACACAACUUCACAAGAUUCUAAAGUUUAGAUUGUCGCAAGAAGCAGACAUUGGAGAUUCUACAGCCAAGCAGACGAAUAUUGUCAAUAACGAGAAUUCAAACCUCAAAGUCUGAUGUUUUGCAGUUUGUGGUAGUAUAUUUUAGCAGUAGGUGAUUUCUUGCUAGGUAGCGUAGAUCGGCGCGUGCGUGUUACUUCUGGACUGUAGCCGGCAUAAUUCUUCGGUUGAUUUGUUUAACUGUAUAUGGGGAUACACAGUCGGUUAACCAUACCUUCGUCCUCAAAAGCGAUAAACUGUAUAUGGGGAAACUUAAAAAGAGUUAGUUUCCGUUGGUGUUUAAUCAA